AUGGAUAAAGAGAUGGAUCGAAAACGAUGGCACAAGUCAGCCAAUUUCGAGGAAAGCAGGCGGAAAGGCAUAUCCAAUAGAAUACACCCAGUAUUCAGAAUAUCAGAUGAUAUGGAGCUGUUUAGAGAGGGCAACGGGACUUUGGACAUUCCUGAGCUGUUGCUACAGGAAAAAGUACUCAAGAGCGACGGUGCCUUUUAUGCGAAUAUGACUUUUGACUACGAUGCCAUUGGACAGAAGUGGAUAAAGGACAAUGAGCAAAUUAAGCAAUCCGACUGUGUCAGAAUUAAGGCCAAGAAGCCCAAACCGGACCCGAAGAAAUUGGAGAUACCCGAGUUGUCCAAGAAUCUGGAUGUGGGAUACACAAGUGCUUUCUGUCAUAUGGAGCUAUACGGUACUCUGGGGAAGCCGAAACCUUUGGUGGCACAGACUUGCGACUACCUGAACCUGCGCAAAGAUAGCGCUGUAAGUACAGAACUCGAGAAUAGCGCCGCACAAGUCUCCAAUGGACGAGUGGCUCUGUUUGUGUACAAUGUGGGUGACAAGAUCAACCAUCUGGGUAUCUUCACAACUGUCAUAUCCAUCUACGAUGCCUUGCAUAGGAGUUAA